AUGGCAGGAUUAAUGAAGAAGUAUGGCAUCAUCUAUAAAGUGGCCAUAGCAUACCACCCACAAACGAACGGCCAAGCCGAGGUCUCCAACCGUGAAAUGAAGUGCAUAUUGGAAAAGGUUGUGAAGCCUCAUAGGAAGGAUUGGAGUUCGAAGUUCGGUGAUGCACUUUGGGCUUACCGGACGGCGUAUAAAACGUCCAUUGGUAUGAGCCCAUUCUUGUUGGUCUAUGGGAAGGCUUGCCAUCUUCUGGUGGAGAUAGAACAUAAAGCAUAUUGGGCUGUAAAAGAGUUAAACAUCGGAUUUGGGGCCGAGGUCGAAAGAAAGUUACAAUUGGUGGAGCUUGAAAACCUUAGAUUGGAAGCCUAUGAGAAUUCAAGGCUUUACAAGGAGAAGAUGAAAACGGUGUAUGAUCGAAACAUAAGAAGAAGAGAGUUUAGAGCCGGAGAACUAGUUCUCCUCUAUAACUCUAGGUUAAGAUUGAUGCCUGAAAAGCUAAGAUCGAGGUGGGAAGGCCCUAUAGAGUGGAGAAAGCGGAACCAUAUGGAGUCUACCACCUAA